AUGGCCAACUUCAAAGCGCAUCUCAGUCCUUACUACCUCGAGGCCGCGCUCGCUGAAGACCGUAGAGACAUUCAUAGACCUUUGAUCAUCGAUGUGGAUCGCAACGACAUGGGCAAGUCUGCUCCGUCACUGGAGUUGAUCAAGGGCAAGAUCAACGACUGUCUUCUAGACAUCCAAGCGCGAGCUUCCACAGCCACCAAGCUUUACGUUAUUGGUGGUUGGAAUCUUACACCGCAGGAGACGAACAACACCGAGGCCUCGAAAAUGGAGUGGCGCACAGAUAUGGUAAAGCGUGAGUGGCGUGAGGCUACGGAAAAGAUAGCGGAACUGAUCUCGUCAAUGACUGCGCUGAAGGAGUUGACCUGGAUUUCUGGACUGCCAUUCAUGGCAUGCGUAUGGGAAAAGCUACCCACGACGUUGACAAAGCUUGUUCUCGACCUUGGUCAGCCCGUCCGUCUCGAGCAAGAUGGUGAUGUUCAGUACAAGUCGUACAUCACAACAAACGAGAUGAAGCCGCUGCAGCAUCAGACGAUGCUUAAGGAGCUUCGUCUGCUCCGAUUAUACGACUCUCUUCAGUGCGUGGUCUGGGAGACUGUCUUCCGCAACAAGUCCAGGGGUGGGAUUCGCGUGCUCGACCUUCAGAUGGCCGCUGCACCCCUUGUACGCUUGGAGCACUGGCGUCAGGCGAAAGAUGUCGUAGGACUCACCGUGCCGAAUGAAGAGUGCAAGGAGAAGGAAUACAAGGGACUCGACGGAAUAGGCGCACUCCACUACUCUGUCGGAACCGGCGAAUACCUUGAUGACUUUUGCAUGCGCAAGGCUCGAAUUGCUUCCGGUGUCGAUGAGGCUAUACCUCUCCCGCUCUGGUGUCUCAAGCUCGAUGGAUUCGUCGUCGACCAUCUCCCCUUCCAACAGGAGUUGUCCCGCAUCGUCCUCCUGACUUGUGGGUCGAGCUGUGUGGACGCCGGCCUACGUGCUCCUCAGACUUCGCAAGCUCCCCUCAAAGACUUAUCUGCAUUGGACAACCAUACACCUAGGCAUUGCGUGAUCCAGUGGCCGCGAUGGACCGGCAUUUUCGACGACCAAGGCGAGCAGUGCGAUUCAUUUGGUAACAUCGCCUCCCAAGAUGCUGGACUAUCAACUCCCCUCGACGAGCAUACUCCGAACUCCCCAGUGGCGUUGACGGCAAAGAAUCUGGACAUGAAGGCCAUGACCGACGCCCUGACGGAUCUGAUGAACAACAGCGACAAAUACUCCGGAAAGUCUUCUGGUGGUUUAUGCCCUACGGUUACCAUGUCGAACCUCUCCUACCGCGGCUCAGAAGUCCCCACCGUGACUGACGAAUCCGUACCGGCGGUCGAUGGUUCAACUACAGAUGACUCGCCCCCAGCCUCUUGCUCAAACGUCAUGUCCACCGACGCCUCCAGCAUCUCUGCUUCACCUCCUUCUACUGAUGAGGAGAGCUUUGAGAUACUCAGCCUAACUCAUCGUGACGCCGCAAUGGUGGACGACAGCAUCCUCACGAAUACUGAUAGCAAGGCACCUCAACCUACUGGGCCCACACAAGACAAGGUAAGGUAA